AUGACUACCUUAACCCUCCCCAUAAUCGACCUUGGUCUUUAUCUUAAUGAUAAAAAUGAUCCUUUAGCUAUUAAUGAAUGCAAAAAGACUGCGAAAGCUUUAAAAGACUAUGGGGCUUUAUUGGUUAAAGAUCCUAGAGUAACCGAAGCAGAUAAUUCUAAAUUUAUUGAUUUAAUAGAAGACUACUUUGAUCAACCAUUUGAGGUUAAACUCAAAGAUGCCCGCCCAGAAAUUGGUUAUCAAGUUGGCGUUACUCCUGAGUUCAAAGAAGAACCGAAAUGCCAUCGUGAUCCUAAUUGUCAAAGUUUAAUAAACAAAAUGCCUGAAGAAAGCCGUCCUUUAAUUUCCACAGGACCUGAUCCAAAAUGGCGUUUCUUUUGGCGUAUAGGUGAACUACCACAAGAAACAAAAUUUCCUCAGCUUAAUGCUGAACCGGUUGUUCCUGAUGUUUUUAAAGACACCUGGCCUACCAUCAUGAAUCAAAGAGGGAAUCAAAUGCACCAAGCUGUAGUUGGUGUUGCAGAAAUGCUGUCCGUCGGAUUUGGUUUGCCUGCCAACACUUUUCCUGAUCUUACAAAAUAUGGUCCACAUUUAUUGGCUCCUACUGCAACUGAUUUGAAUAAAUACGGAAAACUUGGUAUGAUAUGUGCCGGCUUUCAUUAUGAUAUUAAUUUUUUGACUAUUCAUGGUAAAAGUCGAUUCCCCGGCCUGCAUAUUUGGCCACGUAACGGUGAUCUCAAGAUGCAAGUUCAUGUACCGGAAGGCCAUUUAUUAGUUCAAGCCGGUAAACAACUUGAAUGGUUAACAGGCGGUGAAAUUACUGCGGGUUAUCAUGAAGUUGUCGUAACAGAAGCAACUCUACAAGCUAUCGAAAAUGCUAAAAUAACCCGUCCAAAUCGCCCUCUUUGGAGAAUAUCCUCAACAUUCUUUUUACAUAUCGCGA